AUGCCUCAGGAUAUGCCGCCGGUCGGCGGCUACGGCGCCGUGCAGUACAAGAGAAACCUUCCGUCCCGCGGCUUCCGCCCGUCUGUCCUUCUGGGCAUCAGCGGCGCCGUCAUGGCCUUUGGCUGGUACAAGCUGGCCCAGGGAAUCCGCGAGCAGCACGAAAUGGCCCGCGAAAAAAUGUGGUCGCGCAUCCACUUGAUCCCGCUGCUGCAGGCCGAGGAGGACCGCGACCAGGUGCGCCGCCAUCUGGCCGACCAGGCCCGCGAGCGCGAGCUGCUCGGCGAGAACGUCCGGAUCUACAACAGCGAUCGGUUCGUGCGGCCGACCUUUGCGGCCACGCCCGGGAACGUGUCCAAGUAG